UAUCUAUAUUAAAGGAAAGAAUAACUUUGAAAUGUAUAUUACAAUAUUACAAGUACUAAAUUCCUACUUCAAUUUUUUGAAACUAUAGAUCCAAUAAUUAAUGGUCAAUGAUAUUUAAUGAAGAAGGCUUAAAAUAAUAUAUUUCAGUCUCAUUGAGAUUCUUAAAUAUUUUUAUAAAUCCUAAGAAUAGCUGAACACUUAAUUACAUAAGUUCAAUAGAGAAGACUAUAACUUUUGGGAUAUUGAAGAAGUAUAACUUAUCAUCAAUUAUAAGUUAAGGAGGUAGCCAAGUUAAUAGGGAAAAUGGUAGAGUGAUAUCCAAUUGCUAUUUCUAUCGAAAAGUAUUAUUGUGACAAAAUAAAUAAUCAAAGAUAUCAACACUGAUUUAUUACAUAUAUAAGAUCUAAAUAGAUAUUUAAUUGUCCUAUCGAGCCUUAGAAUUCUCAAAGUGAUUAAUAAAGAAAGAUUAUAAAUUAGACAAUUAAAUAUUAUUCAUUUUAUAGUUAUCACUUAGAAAAGGAAUCGAGAGUGUUAAUUACGCAAAUCCUGUAGUGGUUGUUAUUUCAAAUUUCGGAAAGUAAUGAAAUUAGGCAGAAUUUAUGUUGAAUUUUUAUUUGUUCCAUGA